UUGGGUGGCAGCACCUCCCGUGACUAUUGAGAGACUAAAACAAUAAAAGAAGAAAACCUGCAAUCCCACGUGAGGAAAACAAACUGUUAAAAGCGGCCAAUUUGAUGUCUUACAGACGUUUUCUUGCUGUCAAAUGGACGACGAGUAUACGGAGGGCUACAGCGAGGCGUGUGCACAGUGCUCAUGUGUGGACUGGGGUGUAUCAGAUGAAGGCCGCUUCUUCUGCAGGUCAUGUCACAAUGUCAUUGAGAAAACCCGGGAGGUGGACUUAAUUGUGGCCCCGGCGUCGGGAUCGUCCCGUGUCGUCACCAUCCGCCGAGGGAGCCGUGCGAAUACGCAUGAGAGAGGUCGUCAGUGGAUGACAUGUGAAGCCUUCCAGUUUAUCCUGAGGAAGCAAGCGAGUGCACUGCUGGAGCUUGGCGUGGCUCCGCUAUUUAAGGACGAGGUGUUGUGGCCACUGUGGCGGCGCUUCCUGCAGACAAGCCAGCUGGCUUACACCAACAAUCCCGUCAGGAGAGCCAAGUUGAAGCGAGCCACGACGUCUGACUCGGAAAGCGCUGCCGCGUCGUCCAUCCUGUCUGCCAGCGAGACCGACGGCGAGACAGAUCCGCCCAACACUACAGAUAGUUGCAGAGAUAGUUCAACAUGCUCGCUGGACGGCGCCGCCUACCUGACGUCUCGCCUGAGGCCACAACGCGGCCACAUGAGCAUGAGCAAGACUUUGGCUCUGAUCCACUUGGCGUUAGUCUGGAGUCGCCAGGCGCUGACACUCGGCGACCUCCUCAGGCUAGUGAGCGAAGGACACGUGCCAUACAUCAAUGCUUACGAGGACCUUCCUGAGGAGAUGCAGCUCUAUGGCCCAGAUGCGCUCAUCUUCAGAGUCCAGGGUGUCCCCUCACACCAAUGUCUGCACAAGGAGGCGGAGGCACUCGCACGCUUCCUGCAACUUCCUGCUUUUCCUCCAAUUAGCCGACGGGACCUGUUGCAUCCAGCGGUGCUCAGUCUGCGCUACCUGAGAGACGCCAACCUGCCUGAUGAGCUCCACCCAUGGGUGUGUGUUCUGAUGGAGCGUGUCGACUUGGCGAAGACGGCGCUGCAUACGUUGGAUCCCUCGCGCCGCUUUACGCUGCCUCAGUACGAUGUCCAGGCCGCCGUCCUCAUCAUCGUCACCAUGAAGCUUGUCUUCGGCCUGGACGACCGCACAGAGUGGGAGUUAUCAAACGACGCUAGCAUCAAAGAAACCAACCUCACGGCUGAAGGAGGCGUGUCACAUGACCACUUCAACCUGAGGCGGUGGUACCGGCUGCUGAACGCUGCUCUGCUCCGAGCUGAGCACACGCAACAACAGGACGCCGCCAGGAAGCAGUGGAAGGCCACACCCCUUUGCACGAGCACCAGCAGGAAGUACAAACGUGUGGUGGCAAAAAAGAAAAGAGUAGCGGAGCAGCUCCAGAUGUGUUUCCAGAAGUUGUCAUCUCAGCCCAGCCACGCCCCCACUGCUGCUUCGUCCACAUUUAAGUUCUGUUGGGGGGACGAGGACGGCGCUGAUGGCCCCAGUCUGCAUCGUAACACACUGAAAGCUGCUGUCACCCAGUCACAGGAAAUGCUGACGCCUGUUAACUUGACGUACUGGCACCUGCCCCUCAGGCCUUGCGACCCCCGGAAUUGUGGCAGUCAUUAUUCGGCGGUGGAGGCGACACUUCCGCGCUCCUUUGUGUGGCUCCUGAAGCUCUUCAGCUUCUUGCUGCAGGUUAGCCUCGCCCACCUAUAUCAGGAAGUGCUGAGUGUAGAGCGGCGCCUCCUCGGCAGAAAGACGCCACCUGGUCAACACUCGGGCGGAAGCGCCCCCACAACCAGGAAGUCACGGCUCAGAGGAAGGAAACUUGUGAAUGCGGCACAGGGUCAUGUGAGGUAAUGCCGCGGUGUAGUAUCACCAUGGCAACAGACCAACACUGUUGCCUAGCAACAGUGGCAACAUGCGAGUGUUUCCUGAAAAGACCUCAGCCGGCCAAAUGAGGACACUGCAGCCUGAACAAAGACACCUCGUUUGACUCGCAUUACGUUACCUCAUGGAGCCUUUUAAUAAAGUGACGGUAGCCAUGGCAACAGACAGUU